AAGGAGCUGCAAUUAAGACAAAAACCAAAGCCAAUAGGGUCCCACUGAUUUGUGGGCUUGUCAUCUUUUAAGUACAAACAAGCGCACCUCAAAUAGCCAGAAAAACCAAAAACCCAGCCCAGCGGAGCCCAUAAACGGCGCCGCUUUCUCAGAGAUAUCGUCAAAACACGCGCUACCUUUCACGCGCGUAAGUGAGCAUCGUAAAAGAUAUAAAAACGCUGCGUUGAAUCCUCGGUUCUCUCAUCUUCUUUGUUUUCUCUUCCUCCUUUUAUCUCGAGAAAUCCCUUCGUUUAUUUUUUCUCUCUCUUAAACCCCCAAACAGAAAAACACAAACACACAGAAGCUACCUCCCUAGAAUUUUCAAAAUAAAUAUUCGUCAUUUCGCGCGUGUCCGUCACUCGCUAUCUUCCUUUCGAAAUUUUCUCCAUUGUUAUUGAAAUUAAAAUUUUAGCUAUUAUUUUUUCUUCAGUCGAUCCCCAUUCCCACUUUAAAUCCUUCCUUUUAAGUUGAAGAAGAUAACACUGAAACCUCCAAAACGCAUCGUUUUGCUCCUGAAAAGAAUCUUAUGCAUUGAAGGCCUUUGCAUUGUGGAUUUCCAAAUGCGCGGUAGAGAUUUUCGUGUUUCCGGUGACUGCCCAUCCGGUUAAUCCACCUGGUACGCUCUGAAGGUUAUAUGGCUCUCCAGAAAUAUGUUCCCUCCAGUGAUUCUCCUUCUGUUAGGAUGAAGCCAUUGAGUUUUUCCACUAAGGUGCGAGCUCAACUUGCAGAUGGAGAGACAGAUGAUUCUAAGAAGCAUAACGUAGAUGUUGAUCUCAGGGAAGUUUACUUUUUGAUUAUGCAUUUCCUUUCAACUGGUCCUUGUAAAAGAACAUGUGGACAGUUUUGGAAUGAAUUGCUUGAAAAUCAACUUCUACCUAGAAGGUAUCAUGCUUGGUAUUCAAGGAAAGGGGAAGAUAGUGGUCAUGAAAAUGAUGAUGGCUUGUCAUUCCCUUUAAGUUAUGCUCAGUUGGUGGAGAGGAAUCCUCACAUUGAAAAAGAUCACUUGAUAAAGCUUUUGAAGCAGUUGUUAUUAACUGCACCCUCCCAAUCCAAAGACAAAAGUGCAAGACACACUCCAAAUGCUGCUGAUGUCCCCACUCUUUUAGGAACGGGGCCCUUUUCUCUUUUGAGCUAUGAUGACAACAAAGGAAAAAGUGAAGCCAAACGUCCUCCUGUUCAUAUGCGUUGGCCUCAUAUGCAUGCAGAUCAGGUUCGUGGGCUGGGUUUAAGGGAAAUUGGGGGUGGUUUCACAAGACAUCAUCGGUCCCCAUCUAUUCGUGCAGCAUGUUAUGCCAUUGCAAAACCAUCAACUAUGGUGCAGAAGAUGCAAAAUAUCAAGAGGUUGCGAGGGCACCGGAAUGCUGUCUAUUGUGCAAUAUUUGAUCGAUCUGGGAGGUAUGUCAUUACUGGUUCUGAUGACCGUCUUGUGAAAAUCUGGUCUAUGGAGACUGCAUAUUGCUUAGCUAGCUGCCGUGGACAUGAAGGUGACAUAACUGACCUGGCUGUCAGUUCCAAUAAUUUUAUGGUGGCGUCUGCUUCGAAUGACUGUAUUAUUCGUGUUUGGCACUUGCCAGAUGGGCAACCAAUUUCAGUUCUGCGAGGACAUACCGGAGCUGUUACUGCCAUUGCUUUUAGCCCUAGGCCAGGCUCUGUAUAUCAGCUUCUAUCGUCAUCUGAUGAUGGGACAUGUAGGAUAUGGGAUGCUAGGAAUGCCGAAAUCCGUCCUCGGAUAUACGUUCCAAAGCCUUCAGAUUCUUUAGCUGGAAAGAACAGUGGUUCAUCUUCAACUUCUGGGCAACAGAGCCAUCAAAUUUUUUGUUGUGCUUUCAAUGCUAAUGGAACUGUCUUUGUCACUGGUAGCUCAGACACUUUAGCUAGGGUGUGGGUUGCUUGUAAACCCAACACUGAUGAUUCAGAUCAACCAAAUCAUGAGAUUGACGUGUUAUCUGGACAUGAGAAUGAUGUAAAUUAUGUGCAAUUCAGUGGUUGUUCUGUUUCAUCAAGAUUUUCUACAGCAGACGGUUUGAAGGAAGACAGUGUUCCAAAAUUUAGAAACUCCUGGUUUUCUCAGGACAACAUUGUUACCUGUUCCCGUGAUGGCAGUGCAAUUAUUUGGGUUCCAAAAUCUCGUAGAUCACACGGUAAAGUGGGUCGCUGGUGUAAACAUUAUCAUCUUAAAGUUCCACCCCCACCAUUGCCUCCACAACCACCAAGAGGGGGCCCACGCCAGAGAAUUCUUCCAACUCCUCGUGGUGUAAAUAUGAUAAUCUGGAGCCUAGAUAACCGCUUUGUCCUUGCUGCUAUCAUGGAUUGCAGAAUAUGUGUAUGGAAUGCUGCUGAUGGUAGCUUGGUACAUUCUUUAUCUGGUCAUACUGAUUCUACGUAUGUUUUGGAUGUUCAUCCUUUCAACCCACGGAUAGCUAUGAGUGCAGGCUAUGAUGGAAGAACCAUUGUCUGGGAUAUAUGGGAAGGCACACCAAUUCGAAUAUAUGAAAUUGCUCGUUUCAAGUUGGUUGAUGGGAAGUUUUCAUCGGAUGGGACAUCCAUUAUACUUUCAGAUGAUGUUGGUCAAUUAUACAUACUAAAUACAGGCCAAGGGGAAUCUCAGAAGGACGCCAAAUAUGAUCAGUUCUUUCUUGGUGAUUAUCGACCUCUUAUCCAUGACACCUCUGGGAAUUCACUUGAUCUGGAAACUCAGCUUACUACAUAUAGACGGAAUAUGCAAGAUCUUCUUUGUGACUCAGGGAUGAUUCCAUACACAGAACCCUAUCAGACCAUGUACCAGAAAAGGCGAUUAGGUGCUUUAGGUUUGGAGUGGAAACCUGGUGCUUUGAACCUUUCUGUGGGGCCGAACUUCAGUCUAGACCAGGAUUACCAAAUCCCGCCCUUGGCAGAUUUAGAUGCAAUUGCUGCUCCUCUGCCAGCAUUCUUAGAUGCCAUGGAUUGGGAGCCAGAAAUUGAAGUGCAAAGUGAUGAUAAUGAUUCAGAGUAUAAUGUCAUAGAGGAGUACUCCACAGGAGGGGAGCAAGGAAGUUUAGGUUCUCUCUCUGGUGAUCCUGAGUGCAGUACGGAUGACAGUGAGAUUGAUGAUACUCAUAAAGAUGCCCGUCGUCGAUCAAAAAGGAAAAAACCGAAGGCUGACAGUGAGUUUAUGACAUCUUCCGGUAGGCGUGUUAAAAGAAGGAAUUUGGAUGAAUGCGAUGGCAACUCCUUAAGUAAUGGCCCUAUUAGGAAAUCAAGAAAUGAACGAAAAGCUUUACGGAGAAAGUCUUCUACUUCAAAAACUUCCUCAAAAUCAUCAAGACCUCGAAGAGCUGCUGCACGCAAUGCUUUACACUUCUUUUCUAAAAUAACUGGAACAUCAACUGAUGGGGAAGAUGAAUAUGACUCUGAAGGUGAUUCUUCUGAGAGUGAAUCUAUGAUACCAGAUUCAUACGUUGACAGUGAUGAAUCUGAUAGAGAUUUGCCGAAUGAACAAAUCAAACUUUCAAAAGGAAAAGAAGUCUUCUUUGGUGAAUCUGAGGAUGUUGCUAAAGCUAAUGCACUUCCUGAAUCUCAUAAUGCUGGGAACAGGAAAAGAUUGGUCCUUAAAUUGCCCGGCUGGGAUCCAAAUAAGCUUGUGCCACCUGAAAGACGGGAAAAUUCUGCAAGUUUGUCACACAAAGCUUCUGAAGGAAGCGUAAAACAUAUAAGCUCAUUGGAUAUGGGGUGUUCUUCUGUUGAUGCAAACAAUAGCAUGAUAGGUGGACUAAGGGGGCAAUCAGACAAGAUUGAAGAUCAUUUAGAUCUGACUGAAGCUUACAAAGAUGGAGGGCAUGGGGCAAUUAAGUGGGGAGGAGUUAAGGCUCGUACUUCCAAACGUCUGAGAUUGGGUGAACUUGUGUCAUCAGAUGCGUAUGCUGGGUCUACACGAUGUCUUGGUGACCACAAAGAAAAUAAUGUCAAUGGAUAUGUAGGACCGGAAAAGGCUUGUGCUACUGUAUCCCUGAGCACAGAUAUCCAAACUUGCAAGGAGGGUAUGAAUGGUAAGGUGACAACACCGGAGAACCUUCGGAAUGAGAGGGAAGUUUUGGAUGAUCCUGAUAAUGCUGAGGACCCCUCAGGUCCUAGUGAACAUAUAAAAUAUCCUAAAUCACCAAAAUGGGUCAACAGAUCAGCUGAGGAUAUGCCUAUCUCAACUUUUAAUCAGAAUGGACAGCCUUCUGAGGUAAAAGAGGGCAAUAUGCCUAUUUCAACUAAGUUAAGGUUUUUCUCCAAAAGGACCACAAUUGACGAUGAAAGUCCUGGGCUGAAAAUGAAAAUUUCAAGAGGUCAUAUGAAUGGUGGAUAUGAUGCAUUAAAUGAUGGCACGUCAGAGAGGGCAAAAGACCUAGUUUCAGAGGUACCCUUAGUUGAUGGAUCCAAUGAUAUCUGUUCAGGUAAUGAAGGUGAUGGGUUGCUAGAUUCGGAUGCUCAAGUUGAUAGAAUUCCCAUGUCAACUCCUCUUGUAUCUGGAGGGUUACAACCAGGUUCAAUAAAGAUGUAUAAUGUUGUUUAUCGGAGAUCAAAGACACAGAGGGAUAGGUCCAAUUCAGAAAGUGGCAGUGCCAUGGUAGAAAGCACUGCAAAUGUAUCUAACCAUAAUAGUAGUUUGAUAGGAGACCUCCAUGAAGGCUCAACAAAUGGGACUCAUAACAAACUGUCCGGCAGGUUGAAAGGGCAUGUACUUCAAUCAGAAGAUGUACAUAGAAGCACCCAGGAUGGUUCUACAAAUGGGUCUCAACUUCCUAGCAAAGAAUGGGGAUCAAGUUCAAGGAUGGCAGUUGGAUCAAGGUCUACUAGAAACAGGAGAAGUAAUUACUAUUUCCAUGACACUAGUCCAAUACGGAAACCCAAUCAAUCAACAAGACGAGGAUCAUGGUUAAUGUUGACAACACAUGAGGAAGGGUCUCGCUAUAUUCCCCAACUAGGUGAUGAAAUUGUAUACUUGAGACAGGGGCAUCAAGAAUAUGCAGCUCAUAUUGGCUUGAAGGAAUCAGGACCAUGGACUUCAUCAAAGGGAGGGAGCAUGUUAAGGGCAGUGGAAUUUUGUAGAGUUGAAGGGCUUGAAUAUUCCACUUCUCCAGGGUCUGGGGAGAGUUGCUGCAAAAUGACUCUUAAAUUUACAGACCCUUCUUCCAGCAUGUUCGAUAGAGCAUUUAACUUGACACUGCCUGAUAUGACUGGUUUCCCUGACUUCCUUGUAGAAAGAACUCGCUUUGAUGCUGCUAUUGAUAGAAAUUGGAGCUGCAGGGAUAAGUGCAAAGUCUGGUGGAAAGAUGCGAGUGGGGACGAUGGAAGUUGGUGGGAUGGCCGGAUUGUGGCUGUGAAGCCCAAAUCUUAUGAAUUUCCCGAUAGUCCAUGGGAAAGGUACACUGUUCAGUACCGGAGUGAGCCCAAGGAACCACAACUUCACAGUCCAUGGGAGCUCUUUGAUGCGGAUAAUCAGUGGGAGCAGCCUCAUAUUGAUAGUAAUAUCAGAGAUAAUCUACUUUCAGCCUUUGCCAAAUUGGAGAAAUCUUCUCACAAAGCUCAGGAUCAAUACGCAGUAAAUAAAUUGAAGCAAGUUUCACAGAAGUCUAAUUUUACAAACAGGUACCCUGUGCCAUUAUCAUUUGAUAUUAUCCAGUCUAGAUUGGAGAACAACUAUUAUCGAAGUUUAGAAGCAGUGCAGCACGAUAUUCAGGUAAUGUUGUUGAAUGCGGAGUCUUACUUCGGGAGAAAUGCAGAGCUCUUAUCUAAACUCAGACGCCUAUCCGACUUUUUUAUGCGGAUAUUGUCGUCUUUGCAGCCGCCGUAGAUAGAUCUUAUAGUGAAGAUCCAUCUUUGUAGAUAAAUUAGAAAUUUUGCUUUUUCAUUUUUAAUUUUCUUUUCCAUUGUCUCUUAAAUCCAGUUUUUGUUAUUGAUUUAUACUUUGAGAUUCUUUCGAGAGAGAAAGAUAUCAGGGAAUGGUAGGUCUGUGGAAAAUUAUCCACCAAAAAGGUUCAUUGUUGUUUUAGACCACUUUAUAUUGAGAAAAAAAAUUUGAAAAAGAAUAUAUUCUCAAAAUGAAAAACGUAUUAGCUAGCUUCCUGCUGGAGAA